CAUUUUACAGGAAGAUUUUUUUUCUGUUUACUUUAAAACUCCAGGAAGUAAGUAUAGGUAAAAUUGCCGUGUAUGUGUCAGUUUUUUACUUUACUUCUUAAUUUAAAUGUUGAUAUUUGAGCAAGCUUAAAAGAACGAACAAAAAAAAACCACAUACAGAUCAGGGAAUAGCGGGUUAGUGGGGUCUGUGAAGCAGCAUGACCACUUUGACCUACCGAAACAGGCGAAGUGAGGCAGUGGGCGGAAAUGACAGACGUACAGAGAAGGAAAAUCAAGAACAAUCUGGGAAUCUUGACGGUCAGGUUGAAGAGGAUAAAGAAGAUUCCAAGGACCUUCGUCUCACACUUAUGGAAGAAGUACUACUUUUGGGACUUAAAGACAAAGAGGGAUACACUUCUUUCUGGAACGACUGCAUCUCGUCAGGGCUCCGAGGCUGUAUUCUUAUUGAGCUCGCCUUCAGGGGAAGGAUCCACCUUGAGGCAGCCACGUUAAGAAAGAAAAAAAUGUUGGAUCGCAAGGUUUUAUUAAAGUCAGAUGCCCCAACAGGAGAUGUUCUUCUGGAUGAAGCUCUCAAGCACAUCAAAGCUACCAAUCCUCCUGAGAAUGUGCAAAGUUGGAUUGAGUUUCUCACAGGUGAAACGUGGAACCCUCUGAAGUUACAUUAUCAGUUGCGUAAUGUUCGAGAAAGGCUAGCAAAGAAUUUAGUGGAGAAAGGCAUUCUGACCACAGAGAAGCAGAACUUCCUUCUGUUUGACAUGACUACUCACCCAGUCACCAAUACAACCGAAAAGCAACGUCUUGUGAAAAGGUUACAAGACAGCCUGCUGGAGCGCUGGGUGAAUGACCCUCAUCGCAUGGACAGACGUUUGCUGGCUCUUAUUGUCUUGGCUAAUGCUUCUGAUGUGCUGGAAAACAUCUUUUCAAAUCUUGCUGAUGACAAAUAUGAAGUAGCAGUAACCCGCUCGCGGGAACUGUUGGAUAGCAAUCCUGAUGAAGAGGGCAACAAGAAUGUGGGUACAGAAAUGAUCUGGGCUGUUUUGGCAGCAUUUAAUCAAUCUUGACUUUCCUUAAAAUAAACCAAAGACUGUUGUGUUCACACUUUAGUUCCAGGAAGUGUAGACAUUGGCUGCUUAUUUAAAACAGAAGAUGCAGCCCUUGAAUGCUUAGGGGUGUAGCACAAUAUGGUGCUGGGUGUGCUCUGGAAAGCCUUAAAUUGUACCCGUCUUAAAAUUUGCCUUUCAACUCGGCCUCUUUGUCUGUCUGUUUUAUUUUUUUUUUUUGCCAUGCUUAUGUUAUUUCAAAUUAUUUAAACUACCAAACAUUUAAAACUAUAUGACCAUUUUAAUUGCACUUUAACAUACGGAAUUAUUUAGAGAAAAUGAAAGGAAGCUUGAGGUAUAAAAGCAUUGUAGAAAAUUUAGCUUCUAUGUUAAAAGCUACUUGUUUCUGUUUAUUGUAAAUAAUUUUGUUUCUUUAGACCAAAACACAAACUUGAAGCAAAUUUCUCUAGUAAAUAUUCUUUAAAGGCCAAAAAAAAGCCAAGUGUGAAAACAAAUAUUGAUGUAAAUGUGGUGCAUCCUUUGGGAUUUGGCUAAAUAUAAAUUCCACUCCUCAAGUCUUUGUCAACUCGCCUUGACCUCUUUUCACACGUGUCCGUUUUGUCUUCUGCAUUAAAUUAUGAGAAGGGCUCAAAUUAUUUCACCUAACACGACCUGAUGAAGGAACUGUGGCCCACUGAUCUAAAGCUGGUACCCACACGUUGCUAUUUGAGUGUUCAUAUGUUAGACUUGAAAGUAACUGCCUUUGCGUUUUAAUUAAGACUACUAACUAGCUCAGGGUGGACACUGGUGAGCCUAUUUGUUUGGCCUGAUUCGACAUUAGGUCAGUUUGUCAUUUAGUAAGAUGCAUUCCUGUUUUUCUGAUUUGCGUAUGCGGAUUACAUUACUAAUAUAUUUUAUUCAUCUCUAAUGACCAGGAAAUGCAUGUGUCAAGUUAAUCUGAGUGUAACAUGAAGUAGGAUUUGCAACCAGUUACAUGACCAAAGUAGCCUUUUGAACUUCAGACCCCCUCUCCAUCUGAAUUGACAAGUACUAGUAGCGGUUAUAUAAUAUAUAAAAUGAUUUCCCUUGAUUUAUUUAAGUUGUUCUUUGAUCAUAAAAAUAUGGGCAUAUCUGAGCCUUUAUAUGAAAGAUUCACAUGUGUUACCCUUUUCCAAAUGUUGUUGGCCUGCUAGAUAAACAUUAUGAUGCCUGACACACACACAAGUUUGGGUUGUAAAGCAGUUAAUGGAUACAAAGACCUGCGCGUCAACUUGACUAACUGUUCUAAAUUGACCCAGGGGGUGAAUAAGUGAGUGCCCCGCGUGGACUGGCACCUCAUCCAGGAAUGCAAUGCUGCUGGCUGAGGCUUUGCCCCCCUGUGGGGAGAGGGUUUAUCUUACAGUAAAUACAAAGGGGUCAAGUGGUGCAAGACAAACUUAAAUGAAGUAUUUUAAUACGUUUCCUUGUGUUCAUUUUUUACUUUUUACUCUACCAUUCUGCUUGAAAGCACUUAGUUCAGCAGUUUAACUAAGGUACAACUUCUGUUUAGUAUUUUAAAUCUGAAAUACCCAAAUGGGAAAGUAGCCCCGCGUCACACCCUCAGGCUCCAAUACACCACAAGUGUCACGCUGUCAUGCGCCACUCUAAACCUGCUGUCUGAAGAUUUGCCUAAGCAAUUUUUUCCCCCCAAAUGUCAUUUUAAUUAUUUGCCAUGUUGUCUUAAAUAAACUUAAAAUGAAUACGUAUAUGUUUUAUAUCUGUACUCUUCUAUUUUUUGAACUUUUUUUUUUUUUUUUUACAAAAUAAUAUAAAGUAGAAUUUGAACUAAAUCGUAUAUAGUAUCAUAUAAGCAAACAUCUGUAAAUGUAUUUAGAUAUUGAAGUCACAUACUGACGUAUAUGAACAGGUUGGUCAAAAUUGGGGGAAUAUAACUUCUUAAUCUGUUGGAAAUAUUUGAAAUGGUAUAUAAUUGAGGUUUAGAAUUGAUUAUUUUUUCAAUGCAGAAUUCUUUUAUUUCAGAUGUGAAGGCCGUUACAGUACGUAUCAUAACUGUCACGUGAACUGAAUGUAUGAUAAAGAAUAUGGAAGGAGAUGCGCAUGUUUUAGUAAGCAAACUGUUCCAUGUUGUGUUGCUGAAGUGUGACUGAAUAUUUCAUUCAGAAUGUCGCUGUGUUUUACUACCUCAGAGCAGAGUCUCACAGUACAACCGGUUAUGUGAGCAGCACUUGCCGAGUCCCAAACAUGUUCCCCCAGAUAUUGAGGCUACAGGUUUGUUUUAAAAAAAAAAAAAUGUGUGGUGAUACGUAAUGAAAAUAAAAGAAUUUGUGACAUUUAAAUGAUUACA